AGCGAGUAUAGCUGACAAGUUGCGUCGGGGUGGAAAUGGGCAGGGAACGGGAGCUUGUACGCAUUCGUGCCGUGAAGUGUUGCUUUCUUGAAGGGGGUCAUCAACUACUCCUCAUACACUAAAUUUCAUUUAUGAUUCUCGUCUGUGAAAACGGGAUACGUAAUUAUUUUUAAUGUGCCGCGAGUAUCAGUGGUCAAAGAUUGUUUACAUGGUGAUUGUAAAACGUUAGAAGAUGCUGGGGGACGAUCCGCCGUACCUGUCAGUAGGUACGGAGGUUAGUGCUAAGUACAAAGGUGCCUUCUGUGAAGCAAAGAUUCGGAAGGUAGUAAGAUCUGUGAAAUGUCGAGUAACUUAUAAACAAGGAUUAGGCACCGCUACAGUUACUGAUGAUCAGAUAAGGGGGACUUUAAGAGUUGGUGCCUCGGUGGAAGCAAGACAUAGUGAUAAGAAAGAAUUUGUAGAAGCUACCAUUACCAAAAUACAAGACUGCAGUCAAUAUACUGUAGUUUUUGAUGAUGGAGAUAUUACUACUUUAAGAAGAACUGCUCUUUGUUUAAAGAGUGGACGACAUUUUGCAGAAAGUGAAACAUUGGACCAACUUCCCUUAACACAUCCUGAACAUUUUGGAAAUCCUGUUAUAGGAGGAAGGAGAGGAAGACGGUCAAGGCAAGCUCAAGAUGAAAGUAGUGAUGAUGAAGAUAGUCCUCCAAGAGGAAAUCGUGAUUCUGCUUCUAAUAUGGGAGGAAAGGAAGGUGUUGAAACAGAACCUGAAAUUGGACGAGUUGUUUGUGUUGAAUUGGGAGACAAGAAGAAAAAAGAUAAUUGGUUUCCAGGAUUAGUAGUAGCUCCUACUGCUCAAGAUACCGUACGAAUUAGAGUAAGAGAUGAUUACUUGGUGCGUUCAUUCAAAGAUGCAAGAUACUAUACAGUGCCGAAAAAGGAAGCAACUGAAUUUACUAAGGAAUUGGUCAAUAAAGUUGAAAACAGUACAUUGAAAGUCGCAGUUGAAAAAGCAUUGUUAUUUCUAGAAAAAAAUGAAUUGCCACCACAUUGGGAUAGAGAUUCUUUAUUUGGGAAUUCUGUUUCUAGCGGUAAUAGUGAUUCUGAUAGAGAAUUGGACUCCGAUAGUUCAGAUGAUGAACCACGUGAGGAAAAAGAUCAUUUUGUGGCACAAUUGUAUAAAUUUAUGGAUGAUAGAGGAACACCAAUAAAUAAUUGUCCAAUGAUUGGCACUGAAGACAUAGAUUUAUAUAGAUUAUUUCGAGCAGUUUACAAAUUAGGUGGUUACAAUCGUGUUACAAAUCAAAAUCAAUGGAAAUCGAUAACACGUCGUUUAAGCUUUUCAAUGCAAAAUUCACCAUCUACGCACAAUUUGGUGAAACAAGCAUAUAAAAAAUUUUUACAUUCUUUUGAAGAUUUUUAUAGAAAGUUAGGUUGUACUAUGGUGAACCAUCCAAGAGGUAGUACACGGAAACAACGUCCUGGCAGAAGUCUGAUUAGAGAUAAAGACAGAAAUACUCCUAUUCCACCACCGGCUCCAGUACCAAAGAAUGAGAAAGAGGAAGAUGAGAAAAAAUCACAAGAAGAUGAGAAGAAAGAUAAAAAAGAAAUAAAAAAGGAACAGUUAAAAGAAGAUGAAUCAAAGUUAAAGAAGAAAGAUGAUUUAGAAGAAGUUGGAAGUGGACAAGAAAGUGAUAUAAACGUUGAAGCAGAUCCAGAAACUUCUAGUAGUGAGAAAUCUCCAAAAAUUUCUCCUCAAAUUGCAUCAUUACCAAGUAGAGCUAAGUCAAAAAGUAAAGACGACAUAAAAAAAAAAAUUGUAGAAAAGAAAAAAAAUGAAAUUAAAAAACAAGAUAAAAAAGAUGAAAAAGUUAAAGAAGAAGAGGCUGCUAAAACAAGAUCUAAAUCUAAGGAUGAUACAGUGAAAAAUAAAGCUUCUGAGGCAAGGGAAACACGAACCCCAUCCAGAGAAUCUGAAAGAAGAGCUUUGACAAAGCAAAGACGUUUAACAGAUGAGGAAUUAAAACGACGUGGUAGGAAACGUAAAGAGUAUGAAGUUGAAAAAUCAAGGAAUGAUGAACAACCAGCAGAAUCAGCACCUUGUUAUAAAGGCCCGGUGGAAUUAGGUGAUAGAUUAAAAGUUUAUUAUGGACCAACGCACGAAUCUAAAGUUACAUAUGAAGCGAAGAUUAUUGAUAUGGAAAAAGAUGGUACAGAACCAAUGUAUCUUGUACAUUAUACUGGGUGGAAUACAAGAUAUGACGAGUGGAUCAAGCCGUCGAGAAUUGCUCAAAAUUUUACUCAGGCUCAGGGUAGAGUAAAACGUAUUAAAGUCACACCCCGUCCUCAAACACCUAGUACAAAUAUUUCUGGUAAUGUCAAUAAAUCUUCAAAAAGUAAUGGUAAUGGCGCUCCAAAUACAUCUCAAAAUCGUCGUAGAGCACAAAGUGUGGUUCCUGUAACUAGUACUACAUCUACAUCCUCAAAAGAAAUAAAAAAAGAAGAGAAAGAAAAGGACAAAGAAAUAACACAGCCCAUUAGGUCAACCACACCAUUAUCAGUAACAAGUACCAGUUCUAGAACAAAAAGUCCUGCAACACCAGCUAAUAACAGACAAACUAGAACAAACAAAAACGUAGAUCUUCCUGGAAUAGAACCUCGUAGACGUACUAGAAGAACAUCAGGUCAUACAGACAUAUCAAUUCCAUCAGAAACUGAAGACAGUGAAACAUAUGAAUCUGAUACUACUGAACCAGAUCAAGCAAAAACAAGAUCAAAGGGAACAGAGGAAAGAAAACGAAGAGAUGUUAGAAACCGAGAAGAUAGAAUUAAAACUGAUGAUAUUAGUGAAGGAGAGGAUGAUAAAGAUAAUGUAGAAGAACCUCGUAGAGGUCGUCGAUUGAGAAGAACACUUGGUAAGGUACAAGGUGUUAAAUCUGAACCUGAUAGUGAUGAAGAACAACCAAAAGGUAGAGAUUUUGAUCUGAAUCAAAUAAGAUCUGAAUUAAAAGGAUUUGAUAAAGCAGUUAAAUUAGAAUUAGUUCGAGUUGAACCAGAUCCUGAAGAUGGUAUUAAAACAGAAGAAAAGGAAAAUGUGUCUACUUUAAUUCCUUCGAAAAUAGAGAAAAGUGUAGAAGUAAUAAAAACAGAAAACAUUCCAGAUCCAAAACCUAUAGAUAAUACUGAAGAUAUUUACGAAUUUAAAGAACCAGAACCUUUUGAAUUUGAAGUUAGAAAUAAAAGAGAUACAAAUGUGGAUAAAGAUAAAGUGAAGAAAAGAAUGUUCGAAGAAGAACCUAAAAGUCCGAAGAAAAAACAAAAAGCAGUUACAAGCCCAAUAACCAAAGAUACAAAAUCUGAUUCAGACAAUGAUUCUCGUAAGAAAACCAGAAAAUUAUUUAGUAAACGAACUGAUGAUUCUAACGAUACAAUAUCCCUUAAUAAGCCAUUACAACCAACAAAUAUAACAUGUGAAGAAGCAUUUGAUAAACUUUGUGUACCUCCAUCAUCAUUUAAUCACAAUAAGCCAUCACCAACUUUGGAAGAAGCUGGAAAAGUAGUUAACAGUAUAGAUCUUCUGUUUAGUGAUUUACCAGGUGACGAUGAUGGUACCCAUGAUGACUCUGAAGAUCGUUUGAUAAUAUCAGAAACAGAAGUUUCUGAAACUGAACAAGAAAGUUUAUUUACUUAUCAUCAAGAAAUGUUUACAGCGUCUGAUUUAACUGACACAAUUGAUUUAGAUAAGGAAACAACCAAUACUCAACCUGAACCAAUAAGAGACGAUUUAACAUCAGUUAUUGUGAAUAAAUCAGGAGGAGCUUUGGAACAAAAACAAAAUGCAAAGUCAUCACCUAUAUCUAGACAAUCUCCAGAAUUAAGAACACUCGAUGCCAAACUUUUAAAUAUUCAGCCAAUUUUAUCACCAGUUGUAGUUACACCUGCUCCCAUAAGUGCAAGACUUCCAGCCACAUCUACAAUAGAAGAAAAACUAUCAGCUGCUGCAAUGGCUUUUAGAAAUAAAACAAAAGAAACUCCAAAAGAAGAUGAAGUUCCUGAAUCUAUACGAAAAAUUAAUAAAGAAGUUACCAAAAAAGUAGAUGCUAGUGUCUUGCAUAAGAAUAAGGAAGAUCAGGUUACUUCCAAACAUGAAAUAGAUAAUAAAAAACGAGAAGAAGAUACUUUAGUGAAAGAAGAAGAGCAAAGAAGAGAAGUAAUGCGUGUAGUUAUUAAGCAAAAAGAAGAAGAACUUCAACAAUUAAAAUUAAAGAAGGAAUGCGAACUAAAGAAAUUUACAGAAAUAAAAAUCGUUACUGAGCAAAGAAAAAUACAAGAUAGUAAAGAUGAUGAUUGGAAGAAUGAAGAUAAUACAGGAUGCAGUAUAAUAAAAGAAGAAGAUAUUAAGGAAGAAGAUUUAAAAGAAAGAGAAAAAGAUAAGCGGAAGAAAGUCGUAAAUCAAGAAAUCGUAGAUUCAACAGAUAGUAGCGAUUCUGAACAGAGACUUGUAAUUGACAAUGAAGAACCUCAAGAUAUAAAAGAUCCUAUAUCAAACUUUGAUACUAAAUUGAGAGUAGAAUUAGAUAAAUUUCAAGAUAACCAAGAACGAUAUCCAAAAACGCAAACACCAAAACCUGUACAAAAUUUGAAUCCUCAACAACAGGAAUGUAUUCCUGAUUUUAAAUCAGAAUCAAUAUCUAUUGCUAAGACAGAUGAAGAAGGUGAAACAAUUAAUUCUUUACUUUGCGAAGAAGAAAUUCCUGGCUCACCUGCUCCUGCUAUUGAAAAUAUAGAGGAAGAUAAUGCAGGCCCUUCAUGCUCACCUCCACAAGCUGAAACUAAUGAAAAUAAUAUAGUUUUAAUGGAAAUGCCUUUUGCAAGUGCUCCAACUUCUGGUGAAAGCACAACUAGUAAUACCGUUGCUACUCUUAGUAUGGCAUUGCCAAAGCCUGUUGAAACAUCAAUUCCAUCUGCAUUACCAAUACAACAAAAUCCUACGCUUGGGUUACGGCAACAAGUACAACAUCAACAUCUACCAGCUCUUAUGCCUGCACAAAGAAGGGAAAGCAAUGAUGCAGCGCCUGUAAUGGAUAAUACUCCUCCUACAACACCAGAUUCAAGUAUUUCGAACAUCUCUGGAUCUCCUAGGGAGGAAAGAACUGGUGGUUCCUCGCCAAUCUCUGAAGAUAAUAUGAAAUUGAAUCGAGAUAGUUCAGAAGCAGAUAAUGAUAGUGCUGGCAAGGGACAAGGAUUUAGUGAAGAUGAUAUAUUACCAAAUUCAGAACGAAAUUCAGCAGAUAGAGCAUUAAAACCUCCUAUAGCAAAACGAUCUGUGGAAGACGCUCAAAGUCCGAAGAAACGAAAGAGAAAUAGAAAACAUUCGGAAUGUGGGAGUAAUCCUCCUAAAAAAACUGGCAGACAAAGUGGCCGACAUACCAGACAUGGUGCUGGAAGUGAUAGUGAUGAUACAAGCGAAGGAUCUAAUUUAUGUUUAGUGAACCCAACAUCUACAAAUCACACAAAUAUUAAUAGUGUCACAGAUCUCAAUAAUUACUCAUCAAGAUCACCUAGACAGGUGAAAUACAACUUCUAUGUGGAAUUAGGUCCAGAAUUGGAUGGAAGCCAAAGGAUAGCUGUAUUGCAACAAAAAUUAGCAGAACUACGCCAAACAUAUAAUGCUGUAAAGGUUGAACUUGCUGCUAUAGAGAGACGUAAAAAGAAAUUACGAAGAAGAGAACGGGAAGCUACAAAGGCAGCUAAAGCGGAGAUGCAACAAGCAUGUUCGUGAUGGGCUGUGUUUGACAGCAACCUGCAUAUCUCCAUGUACUAAAGUCUUUUAUAAAUGUGUAUGUAAACAUCCAUGCAUGCAUGUAUACAUACACAUACAAGAUCAAAGAUUAUAGUAUGGGCACUCUGCAAUCACGGCAAAUUUCAUGACAAUUUUUACCUGUCUACCUAGGACUGCUUAGGUAACUUUCCCCACUAAUAUAAACUGUAGAUAUAGAUGUAAGAUUAGAUAUAAAAUAACAUUUAAAAAACGGUAUAUAUAUUGACACAUACAUUCUGUUGUACACUUUUUUAACAAGCACACGAUAGGGCUGUUAAUUAAUAUUUUUCUUUUGAUUGGUUAUUUAAUUAUUUCAAAGGAGAAGUACAAAUAUCACACAAAUGUGUUAUUAUUUAAAAAUAAUCUAAAAAUAAUCAUUACUAAUUUGAACAUAAAGAUGUAUGGGGAUACAUUUAUGUAUAUGAGGUACGUUUCUCCUUAGCAAAUUAAAUCUUGCUUUUGAGUCCAGUGUUUGUGCCAUUGUGGUUGAGCUGUUUUCAGGACGAUUAAAUGCCUCUAAUCUCAUAAGUACAAGCGCUGUGUCUCAUGGCGAAGAAAAUGUAAAUAGAAUUUGUAAUAUCAUUAUUGGCAUAUAACUAUGUACAUUAUAUUUAACAGGAAUAGAAUUUGUACAAUCUAAAUUUUUUAUUUAAUAGAUGUAUUACAAUUUGAUGUUAUUCUUGAUGCAUUAAAUGAAUAAUAAUGAAUAACGUAUUCCAAGCAAUGUACGGCUGUACAAUUACAAGACAUAAGUGAAAGUAUGCAUCGCCAACACUUAUGAAGUACAGCAUAAUUUUCAAUAUUAGACAAAGGGAGAUAUGUAUUAUUUUAAAUUAUGUAUAUAUUUUAGGAGAAUAAAUAUCUUAUAUUAUUUAUAAAGAUAUAAAAAUAUUUGUUUGUAUUUACACAAAAAUUGUACAUGUAUUUUGUUUAAACCGGGAUGUCAACAGUAUAUAGUUAAUGUUUAUGAUUUUUUUUAAUUUUUUAAGAGUUUGUCAUGAAUGCAGCUCAACAUAUCUAUGAGCUCUAAAAUUUUUAUUUCCUAAACGAAAAAUUGGUAACUAUCAUUGUACUUUAGUCAUUUAUAGCUUUAUUGUCACUGUUUAUGAUUGGUUAAAAAUGCACAUACUCACAUUUAUAUUUUUAUUUGAGUAUAUAAGUAUCCUCAUGUAUUAAAAAACGAAGAUUAAGCUUAUGUAAGCUCAGAACCACAAAUCAAAUAACCUUGAAUGGGGCUAAAUUUGUAUGAAACAUGUUGGCUGAAAAGAGAAUGAAAUUUUAUAUAGAUAUAUAGUAUAUAUUUUUUAUAAGAAAUCAGUUGUGGACAUAUUUAAUGAUGAAAUGAUCACACUGAUUGGGGAAAAUAGAAAGAAAGUGGGGAGUUAGACUCUCUGAAUCUUUGUACAUAGUUUACAUCGCUUGCAUUGAGUAUACUUAUAAGUCAGUUUAUAGUAUGUAGUUGUUUAUCGCACAGGAGUUUACACAUUACUGUCAAAUGGUUUCAGAAAUCUUGCAGUAAUAUUUGCUAUAUGUUUAACUUAAUAAGGAAGGAUGUAUGUCAUUGCUUAUGUAGAGUUUUAUGUACUUGGUCAAAUUUGUGAAAAAAUAUGAUUAAUAAUUUUGUUUUCGUUUUAAUAUUUGCAUUUGCCAGAACCAAGAGAGAUCUCUAAUUUAACAAAUAAUUAUAAAUAUAUUAUGUUAAUAUCGUUUAUUCUGAAAAAAUUAAUGCUAAACACACACACACACAGACACUUUGAUAUUAAAAAAUAAUAUAUCAUAAAUAUUAUAAUAUAAAUAUAGAUCCCUAUUAUUGGUACACAGGAACACAUUUUGCCUUUACUUGUUGGACUAUUAUAUACAUGAGAAACAAUGUUAUAUAAACCAAAUAGUAAAAUUAAAUGAAAAAUAUAGUCAUUAUUUACUUAUGUCUUUGUCUAAUAUAAAAUUUUCGAUUGCAAUUCUACUGUGUUAUACCUGUAUACUAUAUUGUACAGUAUCAGACAUUCUUUAAACUGUGUAUGUAGUAUUUCUGCCAUAUGUGUAUGUAAAUAUAACUUUACUAUCAUGAAAGGGGAAUGUUUUAUUGUGCAUGGAAUAGUAUAAGAUAUAUUAUAUGAAAAAUUACAAAGAUUACUUUUAAAUCAUUAGGCCAUUAUUUAUUUCAUUGUAUCAAUAAUUACCAUCUUGAAAAUGUUCCAGAAAUUUUGUUAAUUUUGUGGAAAUGAAUCCUUUUUUGUUUUUUUUAUUUACUGUAUUAAUAAUGUUAUCUGCAUAUAUUUUGAGCCAUACAUUGUCAAAAACAUUUACAGCAUUAUUUAAUCAAAUGAAUUAUCUCUAUUACAUUAUAAUCAUUGAUAUUGAU